AUGAGACACGGGUUUGAUGAAGACUACAAUUCAGAAAACUUUUUGACGUUGUUGGCUAAUUCGUUCUAUAUUUAUUUCGAUGAUAAGAGACAUAAUACUAAUGGGAACCCAAUCACAGACGAGAUGAAACUGUCGAGCGAAUAUAUCAAGAAUUACCAACCGAUUACCGAUUGGAAAGUGAUGAGGGAGCGACAGAAAACAAUAAGCGCAGUGCUUGUGUUGUGUUUGAAUUUGGGAGUUGAUCCACCGGAUGUAAUGAAGACAUACCCGUGUGCAAAGUACGAGGCAUGGUGUGAUCCAUCGCUUUUCUCGGACACCAAGAAGGCAAUUGAAACCAUCGGAAAGAAUUUGCAAUCUCAGUAUGAGACAUUGUCGUUGAGAACUCGUUACAAACAGUCGUUAGACCCAUGUGUGGAAGACGUGAAACGAUUCUGUAAUACUCUCAGACGAAAUGCGAAGGAUGAAAGGAUUUUGUUUCAUUACAACGGGCAUGGAGUCCCUCAGCCGACCCCUAGUGGUGAGAUUUGGGUGUUCAACAGAGGCUACACACAAUACAUUCCAAUAUCUUUAUACGAUUUGCAAACCUGGUUGGGGGCGCCUGUCAUAUUCGUGUAUGAUUGUAACAGUGCAGGUAAUAUUGUUCAUAAUUUCAAGAAAUUUGCACAGAAAAGGAUUGAUGAUGAUAAUGAAGGUAAUCAUGACCUAAGUGCGCCAUCUCCAACUUCAGCAUAUUUAGAUUGCAUUCAAUUGGCGGCUUGUAAAAGCAACGAACUCUUGCCAAUGAGUCCAGAUUUACCAGCGGAUUUAUUUACAUGUUGUUUGACAUGUCCUAUUGAUAUAAGUAUUAAAUGGUUCAUAAUGCAAUCUCCACUAAAGAAAAACUAUUACAAUUUAUUACCUCGAAAUGCUACAGGUACAGUUAUCAUUCCUGGAAAAUUAACUGACAGGAGAACCCCGUUAGGGGAAUUAAAUUGGAUAUUUACAGCUAUCACUGAUACAAUAGCGUGGGCAUCCUUAUCGAGACCUAUAUUUAAGAGAUUGUUUAGGCAGGAUUUAAUGGUCGCAGCAUUGUUUAGGAAUUUCCUAUUAGCUAAAAGAAUAAUGCCUCAUCUUAAUUGUAAUCCUAUAAGUGAUCCACCCUUGCCUGAUACGGUCAGAUUUCACCGUAUGUGGGAUUCCUGGGAUUUGGCUAUAGACCAAGUAUUUGCCCAAUUACUUAAGAACAGUAAUCCGGACCCUCAAUCGGGUGCCUCGCUAAAUCAAUCUCAAUUGGUUAAACAACAACCAUUUCCUCAAUCACUAUUAGACAAAACAGGAACAAAUUCUCAAUCUAAGUCCAAUUCUUCAACACAAGCAUCCAUUACUACUUCAGCUAGCACAGGCAAUUUAAAUUCAACAGUAUCAGCUCCUCCUAAUUUGGCAAAUUAUCAACAUUCAACAUUUUUCGAACAACAGUUAACUGCAUUUGAAAUAUGGUUGAAGUAUGCGGGAUCAUCUACAAAGGAGCCACCGGAGCAAUUGCCAAUAGUCUUGCAGGUUUUGCUUUCACAGGUUCACAGAUUAAGGGCUUUGAUAUUAUUGUCUAAGUUUUUAGAUUUGGGUCCAUGGGCGGUUUAUCUUUCUUUAUCAAUUGGUAUUUUCCCUUACGUAUUAAAGUUAUUGCAAAGUCCAGCUCAAGAAUUGAAACCGGUUUUAAUUUUUAUUUGGGCAAGGAUUAUGGCAAUCGACUAUAAAAGCACGCAGCAAGAGUUAUGUAAGGAUAAAGGUUACAAUUAUUUCUACAUAAUUUUAAAUUCAAAUCCAUUGAAUCAAAUUAAUGGAGGUGAUAAUAUUAAUGCAUCUGGCGCUAAUAUCUUAAUUAAUGAUGAUCACAAAGCGAUGAGUGCAUUUAUUUUAACAUUAUUCAUUAAGGACUUUAAAAAUGGUCAAAGGUUAUGUUUUUCGAUUGAGUUGAUUAAUAAUUGUUUGAAGUUUCUCUCAACUAGCGAAAACCCCUUAUUAAGACAAUGGUGUUGCUUAUUACUUUCCCAACUUUGGAUGAAUUACCCCGAUGGAAAGUGGAUAAUUUAUAAGGAUGGCUAUUUAAACAAGUUUUUGAUGAUGAUCAAUGAUCCAAUACCAGAAGUCAGGACUUCAAUUGUUUUAGCUUUGACUAAUUUCUUAAGUGACUCAGCAGACUUUCAACCGCCACAGCAAUCACAUCAGCAACAGCAACGUUCUCAUAUGAAUGUUGGGCCAGAUUUAAGGAGAGAUGAAUUAAGACAACAAGACUUGAGACUUGCAAAUACCAUUUUAAGUUUGCUUGGAGAUGGAUCUUCAAUGGUUAGAAAAGAAAUCGUUUAUUUCAUCAAUAAAUUCAUUAGUAUUUAUUCGAAGUUCUUUCUUGUUCUAGCAUUCAACCAGUUAGAGGAAGAAAUCGUUCUUAUUGACAAUUCUAAUUAUUUGAGUGAAUUCCGUAAAAAGUCGCCCGCAUAUGGUUCGAUCUUUAGUUCACUUUGGAAAUCAUUACUAAUCUUAUCGGAAGAUCCACAUUUGGAAGUCAAACAAAUGGCAGAAGUUUUAAUUGAUUCGGUUAUGGUUAAGCUAAAUGAAAGCGAUUUAGGUCCUUUGGUUAAAGAAAUGCAAGACUACUUAUUGAGCAAAUCAACUAUUAAUAUUAACGAGACCUUUAAACCCUCGAAACCAAUCGUGAACCGUCAAUUAGCUUCUUUAAAUGGUUCUCAUCCAAACAGGCGUCAAGUUUCAAGCGGGCCAACAGUAGAGCGAAAAAACAAUAUGUUGACUAUUAAUGGAUCCUCAAUUAAAACAAGGUCAGCUUCAACUAAUGAUAUGGAUAGAAAUACAAUUGCGAGUGAUGAUUCUGAUGCAGAAUCUAUUUCUUCAAAGUUGAAGAAUUUAUCACUCUUUAAACUUAUAAAGUCAUUUCAAAUGAAUGACGAUAACGAGUUGAAGCAUUUCACUAGAAUCUUGAACUCAGGCCCUAUUGCGAGCAGUUAUGGUGUAGAAUACAAACCUAAGACUCCCCGUUUCAGACCCAGAAAGUUGUCCAUCGAACCGAAAUUGCCUGCUGAAUCAGGUUUUUUCGAAUACAGUUGUGAAUAUUUUCAGGAACCUCAAAUGUCUAAAAAUGAAAUUGACGAACCUGGCUCGGAGGAAUACGUUAAAAGAUUAUGGAGAAGGAAUAGAAACGAAGCUAUUAUCCAAGAGACUCAAUCUCAAAAGAGUGUAGCAAUCAGAGGAGAUUGGAAUAAGAGCUUGACUAUUAUGAAUAAUAAGUCGCAACCUAAGUUAAUCAAAUUUACUCAAUUUGAAAAAAUAUUAGUUGCUAGUGAUGAGAAGGAUAAUGUGUCCGUCUGGGACUGGGAAAUGAAUAAAAUGGUUGGAAAAUUCUCCAAUUGUAAUCCAUUUGGGACGAAAAUUACUGAUAUUAAGUUUCUCAAUGAAGACGAUUUACCUUUAUUGUUGACAGGUUCUUCUGAUGGGGUCAUUAAAAUCUAUAAAAAUUUCCACACUGCAAAUAAUAUAGGUGAACGGAAUGUCGAAUUAGUUUCAUCUUGGAGAGCCUUGACUGAUUUAUUGUUAACUUCAAAAAGUUCUGGAUUAAUUUCCGAAUGGCAGCAAUCGAGAGGGUCUCUAUUAGUCAGUGGUGAUGUUAAGAUAAUCAGAGUAUGGGAUGCUCCUAGAGAGCUAUGUCUAGUAGAUAUUCCUGCAAGAUCAUCCUCGUCAAUCACUUCGUUGACCUCCGAUCAAGUAGCAGGAAAUAUUUUUAUUGCCGGGUUCGAUGAUGGCAGUUUACGAGUUUAUGACAGAAGGUUAGAUUCGAGAGAAUCUAUGGUAAAGACUUGGCACUCAAAAACUCGGAACGCGAACAAUCCAGACCAAGCAUACAAAAAUAUCACUGGCCAUGGCUCAAUAAGAAAUGUUCAUAUGCAAAGAGGUGGUUACAGAGAAUUGGUUAGCGGAUCUUCCGAUGGUUUUGUAAAUUUGUGGGAUAUACGAUUAAACGACCCAGUUUUAACGUAUACCAACUCACCUGAAAAGUCUAUGAGAUGUAUAGAUGCCCAUGAACAUGCUCCAAUAAUAACUACUGGUUCAAAAUCUGUUAAAUUAUGGACUACAUCUGGUGAUUUACUAACCACUUUGAAAAAUCCUCAUGACACAUACUUGUCAAACAGAACGUCAAGUUAUUUGUCAAGUACCACUUUUCACCCGCAUAGAAUGAUGAUGGCUACAAAUUACAAUCAAGAUGGACACAUCAAUGUGUACACAUGCAAUGACGUUAUACAGGAGUACUAG